GGUUCCAAGACACUUCUUUUCUUUUGCAUUUCCAUGGCUGUAGUUCUAAUGAUUACCUCAGAGGUGGCUGCCAAGUCAGUUGACGAUUCCAAGACAGUUGAGACAAAUGAGGAAGAAGAAGCCAAGUACCAUGGAGGAUAUGGAGAUCACCAUGGAGGAGGUCAUGGAGGGCAUCCUGGUGCUGGAUACGGGGGCCAUCCAGGAGAAGGUAAUGGGGAUCGCGGUGGCGGCCAUGGUGGUCAUGGCGGUGGCGGGCAUCAUGGCGGAGGCGGCCAUGGUGGUUAUGGACAUGGAGGGCAUCAUGGUGGUGGCGGCCAUGGCGGACAUCCUGGUGAGGCCGCAGAUGCUGAGCCUCAGAACUAAUAAAGCCGGCUUCUAGCUAGGUCGUGAUUAAUCAUGAAUGCUUAAACAGGCUUGCUAUAAUAGUAUGUACUUUGUAAUGUGUGAUUCAAAUAAGUGUUGGAUCAGUGAUCAUGUAAUAUGCACUCCAUGUGUUUGCUGGCUAUCUAGUUCAAUAUAAGCAUAUGAGUUUGUGAUUUUAU